CAUAAUUUGAUCAUCGAUCUACCUCCGGCAUGUCGUACUCGUCGACUGGACGGCAACGUAGCCAAGUGGAGCAGCCCAAGGGGCAGAAGCGACUGACGAAUGUGGCCAUCGUGCGACUCAAGAAGGGAGGAUGCCGCUUCGAGGUGGCGUGCUACAAGAACAAGGUCGUGAAUUGGCGCAACAAGAUCGAGACACAGUUGGACGAAGUGUUGCAGUCCCAUGAUGUGUUUGUCAACGUGUCCAAGGGCAAGCGAGCGACGGCGGACGAUAUGCGCAAGGUGUUUGGCACCGACGACGUGGACGAAGUGGCCAAGUUGAUCAUCGACCUGGGCGAACUGCAAGUGUCGGACGGCGAGCGUGCGGCGUUCAACCAGUCCUUGUUCCAAGAGAUCGCGACCAUUGUCGCCGAGAAAUGCGUCAACCCAGAGUCCAACCGUCCUUACCCUUUUUCCGUGAUCGAGCGAGCGAUGAAGGAGAUCCACUACUCGUUGAUCCCGAAUCGCAGCGCCAAGCAGCAGGCGCUCGAAGUGAUCAGCAAGCUGCAGGACCACAUGCCCAUCACACGCGCCAAGAUGAAAGUCCAAGUGUCGGUGCCUGCGAAAGACGGCAAGGCCAUGAAGAAGUACCUGGAGCAGCACAACGCCGCCGUGUUGGAGCAAAAGGGCACGUCCGACGUGCUGCGGCUCAUUUGCCUCAUCGACCCCGGCGCAUAUCGCGGACUCGAUGCAUUUGUCUUGAACGACGGCGACAACGUCGGUACUGUUGUUUUCGUUCAUGGACACGUUGCUUAGCACGUCGUACAACCAUCCCAACCAUACGCGUAUGUUUGUAGAUGGCUCUCGGUCGUUGGAAGUGCUCGAGCUGAGCUGCCAUGAAGAAGGCGAACACUCGAUCGAUGCAGAGAUCUCCAAGAAGACGGAGCGACUGGGCCUGAAUGCGGACGCGCCGUCCGUGGCCCCGCCUCCUCCAUCGACGACGCCGUCCGCCGCGCCGGCCCCCGUUGGCCGCCCCUGCUCGACGUGCGGCGGAGCAUUCGUCGACACGGCGCUCUACCGCGAGCAUUUUCGAUCGGAAUGGCAUCGCUACAACCUCAAGCUCAAGGCCAAGAAGCGCCCCGUGAUUGACCAAGCUGCAUUUGGCACGUUGUCGUCGCACGACGUCCAGCGGUUCUUUGAAACGUUGGAUUAAACGUGCAUUGUACAUAUAGCAUUGUCAAGUCGAUUCGAAAUUGGAGUGGUUGGUGGCCAAUCAUUGACCAAAUCGGCAGACAAUCAAAGAUCGACCAAUCAAAACCCACAACAUGCGUCAAGUAGCCAAUCAAGUUCACUCUUGGACCAAUUCAAAAC